AUGCCCGGCAUAGACGCAAAACCGAAGACCUUGUACGACAAGGUUUUCGGAGACCACAUCGUGAAUGAGCAAGAAGAUGGCACUAUCUUGAUCUACAUUGACCGACAUUUGGUCCACGAAGUUACCUCUCCACAAGCAUUUGAAGGAUUGGCAAACGCCGGCCGAAAAGUGCGCCGACCGGACUGCACUCUAAGUACCGUUGAUCACAAUAUCCCCACGACUUCGAGGAAAACAUACAAAAAUGCCGAGACAUUUGUCAAGGAAACCGAUUCACGCCUUCAAGUCACCACAUUGGAAGACAACGUGAAGAAAUUCGGCCUUACAUACUUUGGCUUGGAUGAUAAUCGUCAGGGUAUCGUGCACAUUAUUGGACCGGAGCAAGGGUUCACCCUUCCAGGCACAACAGUUGUAUGUGGUGACAGCCAUACUUCGACCCAUGGUGCCUUCGGCUCUCUUGCGUUUGGUAUCGGUACCAGUGAAGUCGAGCAUGUGCUCGCGACUCAGACACUCCUAACCAAGCGUAGCAAAAACAUGCGUAUUCAGGUCGACGGACAGCUUCAUCCUGGUGUCACCAGCAAGGACGUUGUCCUUCACAUUAUCGGAGUCAUUGGAACCGCUGGUGGUACCGGAUGCGUCAUUGAAUUCUGUGGAUCAGUCAUUCGUGCCUUGAGCAUGGAAGCUCGUAUGUCCAUUUGCAACAUGUCUAUCGAGGCCGGCGCCCGUGCUGGUAUGAUAGCACCCGAUGAGACCACAUUUGAGUACCUCAAGGGUCGGCCGUUGGCACCUAAGUACGACUCUGCCGAAUGGAAGAAGGCUGUCAAAUACUGGUCGAGCCUUCGUUCCGACGAGGGCGCCAAAUACGAUAUCGACGUCUUCAUUGACGCCAAGGAUGUCAUCCCUACAAUUUCAUGGGGUACUUCACCCCAAGAUGUGUUGCCCAUCACUGGUGUUGUUCCUUCCCCCGACGAUUUUGAAGGCGAAAUUCGCAAAACCGGUUGCAAGCGUGCUCUAGAGUAUAUGGGUCUGGUUCCCGGAACACGUCUUCAGGAUGUUGAAAUAGACAGAGUUUUUAUAGGCUCGUGCACCAAUGGCCGCAUUGAGGAUUUGCGGGCUGCUGCCAAGAUUGCUGCAGGCCGCAAAGUGGCAUCCAAUGUUAAGAGCGCCAUGAUUGUUCCCGGCUCAGGUCUCGUUAAAAAGCAAGCAGAGGCUGAAGGUCUUGAAAAGAUCUUUACCGAUGCCGGCUUUGAAUGGCGUGAAGCGGGUUGCUCCAUGUGCUUGGGUAUGAACCCAGAUAUUCUAGCUCCACGCGAGCGAUGUGCUAGUACCUCAAAUCGUAAUUUCGAGGGUCGGCAAGGUGCCUUUGGCCGAACUCACUUGAUGUCACCAGCAAUGGCUGCUGCGGCUGCUAUUGUGGGCAAACUUGCUGAUGUACGAGAUCUUGCUCAGUCAGAUUCUGCCAGUCACAAGCUUCCUGCUCCUAUCACCAUUCAGCCCGAGGUUGACGAUAUUGCGGAUGAUAGCGACCUUGAACGCAUUCUGGACAUUCCUGAGGACAACGAACCGCAUGCAAAUACCCAGGGUGGUGGUUCAAGUGCUGGUCUUCCCAAGUUUACUGUCUUGAAGGGUAUUGCUGCCCCAAUGGAGCGGGCCAAUGUCGACACAGACGCUAUCAUUCCAAAGCAAUUCCUGAAGACUAUCAAACGAACAGGUCUUGGAAGUGCUCUCUUCUAUGAAUCUCGCUAUAACACUGCGGAUAACUCCGAGCUGCCAGACUUCGUUCUUAACCAGGAACCAUACCGGAAUGCCAAGAUCCUUGUUGUGACAGGACCAAACUUUGGAUGCGGUAGCUCUCGUGAACACGCCCCAUGGGCUCUGCUGGACUUUGGCAUCAAGGUCAUCAUCGCCCCUUCAUUUGCGGACAUUUUCUUCAACAACACUUUCAAGAACGGCAUGCUGCCUAUCCCCAUUACUGACGAGGCUGCCUUGCAAAAGAUCGCCGCCGAAGCGCGCGCCGGCAAAGAAAUUGAAGUUGACCUUCCCAACCAAAUCAUUCGCGAUGCCAAUGGUGCUGAGUUAGCUCACUUCGAGGUUGAUUCUUUCCGCAAGCACUGCUUAAUCAAUGGCCUCGACGACAUUGGCCUUACCCUUCAGAUGGAAGAUAAGAUCCGCAGUUUCGAAAGGAAGCGUACCAUCGAAACCCCAUGGUUAGAUGGAAGUGGCUAUCUCAAGCGUGGCCGUAGCGGUCCUACGAAAGUGGAGGCCGCACCAGUUCCUAAGACGAAUCGUGGGGAGGUUAAGACCGAGCCACUUGAAUGGUAA